CUCAUUUACAUCACUUAUUAUACUAGUUGAAAAUAUGUGUAUAAAACGUUUGUGCUUGUGUAGCUAGCUAGAUACGCAUUCUGUCGUGCUCGAUAGACCCAUUAAUUCAAUUAACCCAAUCAACACGUACGGCCGGGCACUUCAAGUUUGCGCGCAAACACGAUCACUAGCUUGAGCAAGUUUGUUGUAGGUAAUUUAGUAAAUUGAAGAGGAUCAGAGUGGCCGGCCGAGCAGGCAAUCGUCGACGAGGACGCACGACAAUGGGGUUCGCGUACCGGAUAGCGAGCGCGUCGGAGUACCUGGCGAUCACCGGGUACGGCAUCGACGACGUGAAGCUGGCGAAGAAGGCGUGGGUGGCGCCGGGGCAGCGGUGCACCCGCUUCGACAUCUCCCCGGUGAACUACACCUUCGAGGUGCAGGCCAUGAGCGCCGAGAAGCUCCCCUUCAUCCUCCCCGCCGUCUUCACCAUCGGCCCCCGCGCCGACGACGACGACUGCCUCCUCCGCUACGCCAAGCUCAUCUCGCCGCACGACAAGCUCUCCCACCACGUGAACGAGCUCGUCAAGGGCGUCAUCGAGGGGGAGACCCGCGUGCUCGCCGCCUCCAUGACCAUGGAGGAGAUCUUCCAGGGCACCAAGUCGUUCAAGCAGGCCGUCUUCGAGAACGUCCAGCUGGAGCUCAACCAGUUCGGCCUCGUCAUCUACAACGCCAACGUCAAGCAGCUCGUCGACGUCGCCGGCCACGAGUACUUCUCCUACCUCGGGCAGAAGACGCAGCAGGAGGCGGUGAACCAGGCGAAGGUGGACGUGGCGGAGGCGCGGAUGAAGGGCGAGGUCGGGGCCAAGGAGAGGGACGGCAUGACGCGCCAGAACGCCGCCAAGGUGGACGCCGAGACGAAGGUCUACACGGUGAAGCGGCAGGGCGAGGGGGCCAAGGAGGAGGCGAGGGUGAAGGCGGAGGUGAAGGUGUUCGAGAACGAGAGGGAGGCGGAGGUGGCGGAGGCGAACGCCGACCUGGCCAUGAAGAAGGCCGGGUGGCAGCGGCAGGCGAUGGUGGCCGAAGUGGAGGCCGCCAAGGCUGUCGCCAUUCGUGACGCUCAGCUGCAGGUGGAGGUGGAGCGGACCAACGCCGCGAGGCAGACGGAGAAGCUCAAGGCCGAGCACCUCAGCAAGGCAGUUGUUGACUACGAGAUGAAGGUGCAACAAGCGAACUGGGAGCUGUACAACCGGCAGAAGGCGGCGGAGGCGCUGCUGUACGAGCAGGAGAAGCAGGCGGAGGCGCGGCGGGCGUCGGCCGAGGCGGCCUUCUUCACACGGCAGCGCGAGGCCGAGGCGGAGCUCUACGCCAAGCGGAAGGAGGCCGAGGGGCUGGUGGCCAUGGGCGACGCCCAGAGCGCCUACCUCUCCGCCAUGCUCGCCGCGCUCGGCGGCAGCUACGCCGCUCUCCGCGACUACCUCAUGGUCAGCUCCGGCGCGUACCAGGAGAUGGCGCGCAUCAACGCCGACGCCAUCAGGGGGCUGGAGCCCAAGAUCAGCGUGUGGGGCAACGGCGGCGGCGGCGAGGGCGGCGACGGUGCCGGUGGCGCGAUGAAGGAGGUGGCCGGGGUGUACAAGAUGCUGCCGCCGUUGCUGACGACGGUGAACGAGCAGACCGGCAUGCUGCCUCCGGCGUGGAUGGGCACUCUGACCGCCGGCGGCUCCUCGUCGACCAGGUGACCUUCACGCCUAUCUGAAUCUGCUGCAACUACUGUUAUAAACUUAUAAUUGACGUGAAGAUUCUGCGUGCGACCUAUUGUUGUCUGCAUAUGUACGUAUUCUGUGCGCCAUAUGUCCUCAUCUCCAGUGUGCGUUUGAUCGAUAUGCUUGUAUUUCAUUGAUCAGUGUGUAAAUCAAGUUUGUAAAUUUUUACAUGCUCUUCAGUUUGAGAUUUUGAUGGGUGUGUGACGUGUGUCUAGUAAUGACCCAUUUUUUAUUUUCGUACCCAUGACCUCGGCAUCCACACCCACCUCUGCUAUCCUUAUGCAUGUGUUAACGGUACGGCUGAAUAUA